UGUUCUCUCUCUCUCUGAUUUCACGGAAAAAUUCCCAGCACACUCUCUCUCUUUUCAUGGCGGAAUCACCAAAGUACAUUGAGCCCUAUGAUUGCAGAGAAGCUGUAGCGAUUUCGCCAAAACUCUCUCUCUCUUUCGUUAUGUUGAACCCGAGAUUACAGAGAAUCCGGCCAGUGUUUAAACCCUCCGACGAGCUCUCCGGCAGCCAUGUACGGCGGAGGGGCGUUUCUUCUUCAAACCACGAAUUCUCCUUCAAGCGAGUCCAAUCGGUCAGCAAAUCAGCAGGUCCAUUCGAUGCACUAAUCUGCGUCGGCCAAUUCUUCCCCGAUUCACCGGAGCUUCUAGGCGAGUUUCUGGAUUACGUCGAAGGCCGAGCUCAGGUCCUGAGACUACGGCGUCUCCGCCCCCAAAAUCCUAUCCGCGACCUCGAUGAAAACGGAGAAUCAAGGGUUUAAGAUGGACGGGCUUACUUAUCUGGUACGGAGUCAUCUGAUGGUCAGUUUGGGAAGUACAGUCAAGAUGAUGUUGAUGCUCUUCGUGCUCUUGCUGAUGAUUCUGGAGUUGUUGAUUUGUUUUUGACAUAUCCUUUUUUGAACUUUUGAUGGAUGGAUUGGUUUCUUUAUGUUCAUGUUUUUAGUAAUUGUUGGUCCUUAAUUAGU